GUAGCAGCAGCAGGGGGCGGUGCAUUGCGUUGUCGCGUCGCGUUGCGUGUGUAUCGACCGGCGGCAGCAGCAGCAGCUGGAGAGGCGCUAGUGUUGAUUGGCAUCCCAAUCCGAGCGGCCCAGGAGCAGCAAGCAGUCGAAUUGGAUUUUGGCCAAUUUGGAUUUGGUGUUGGAUUCAUCUCAGUGAUGAGAAUCCUUCCUGAGACAUUCGUUGUUUUGGAUAUGGCGACUUUGGAACGUUGA